UGCUGUGUUUCUUCUUCUCAGUCGGCGGUGUAGCGACCAAAGCUAACUAUUACAAGGUGCAACCACAGCAACUGAUAGGAAGCUAGCUCCAAACCAGACUCCAGAGAUGACCCCAUCAGCAGCUUGAUUCGCCAAUAUGUUGGCAGAAAACUUUUCAAUGUUUCAGUGUUCAGUGAUUAGAAAACGACACCGAGGACGAAACACUAGCUAGAACAACAGCAAGCUGAGAAGUAUGCUGGACGUGGGGAAGUGGCCAGUCUUUGCGCUCCUUCCACCUGAGGAACUGCGGCUUAUUCGGCAGGCUUGUGUCUUUGGCAGCGCUGCAAAUGAAGCCCUCUAUGUCACAGUUAAUGACGAGGUCUUUGCUCUAGGCACCAACUGCAGCGGCUGUUUAGGGCUCGGAGACCUUCAAAGCACUAUUGAGCCGCGCCGGAUUGAUGUCUUGUGUGGAAAGAAGAUUGUGUCCCUAAGCUAUGGAACAGGGCCGCAUGUGGUUAUCGCUACUGCAGAUGGAGAGGUCUUUGCUUGGGGCCACAAUGGCUACAGCCAGCUGGGCAAUGGGACCACCAACCACGGACUGACCCCCGCCCUGGUGUCCACCAACCUCCUUAGCAAGAGAGUGACGGAGGUGGCCUGUGGCUCCCACCACACGAUCGCCCUCACAACUGAUGGAGAGGUGUACGCCUGGGGUUACAACAAUUCCGGCCAAGUAGGCUCAGGGUCUACUGCCAACCAGCCGACGCCACGCCGGGUUAGCAGCUGCCUGCAGAACAAAGUUGUGGUAAACAUAGCCUGUGGUCAGCUCUGCUCUAUGGCUGUGCUGGACAAUGGAGAGAUCUAUGGUUGGGGCUACAAUUGCAAUGGACAGCUAGGUUUGGGCAACAAUGGAAAUCAGCAGACCCCAUGCAGAAUAGCUGCUCUCCAAGGUGUCAACAUAGUCCAGGUUGCCUGUGGAUAUGCACACACAUUGGCACUUACAGAUGAAGGAAUGGUUUACGCCUGGGGAGCCAACUCAUAUGGGCAGUUGGGAACAGGCAAUAAGAGCAACCAAGCUGUCCCCACCCUAAUAAACAUAGACAAGGAGAGGAUGGUGGAGGUGGCAGCGUGUCACACCAGCCACACAUCAGCUGCCAAGACCCAGAGCGGGCAGGUUCUGAUGUGGGGUCAGUGUCGAGGUCAGGCUGUUGCCAGCCCUCACCUCACUCAUUUCAGCAGCACAGACGAUGUGUUUGCCUGCUUCGCUACGCCAGCAGUCACGUGGCACCUCCUGUCAGUAGAUGGCGAUGACUACCUGACUGUUGCUCAGUCUCUGAAGAAGGAAUUCGACAGUCCAGAGAUUUCCGAUCUGAAGUUCUUGGUUGAUGGGAAGUGUAUCCAUGUUCACAAAGCUCUGCUGAAAAUCAGAUGUGAGCAUUUUCGUGCACUGCUUAAUGAAACAGAUGAGGAUGCCAUAGAAAUCCACCAGUUCUCAUACCUGGUGUAUCGAGCCUUUCUGGAAUACCUCUAUACAGAUACUAUUAACCUGCCACCAGAGGACGCUAUUGGGCUGCUAGACUUGGCCACAUUCUACCGGGAGACGAGGCUGAAGAGAUUGUGCCAGGAAACAAUCAAGAGAGGCAUUUCUGAGGAGAACGCCAUCACUCUACUCUCUGCUGCUGUCAAGUAUGAGGCGCGGGACCUGGAGGAGUUCUGCUUCAAGUUUUGUGUCAACCACCUAACAGCUGUCACGCAGACCCAGGCCUUUGCAGACAUGGACCACGACCUGCUCAAGAACUUCAUUAGUAAAGCCAGCCGCUACGGGGCCUUCAAAAACUGACUAGAGCGCCCCUGUAGUGAUGGAUCCAACAGGAUGAGGUCUCUCUUCGCUGAGGUCCUGAAUGUCGACCCGACACCAAAGUAAACAAACGGCUGAGCAGCACUUCAAAGCUUUGUUGGUGGGGAUGUUAACACUGGAGAGGUGAAUGGUUUAAGGUUUCACCCUCUAACUGAUGCCUCUGUGUUACCGCUCUAAACCAAGCCCAAACACAGUAGUUGCUUGGGGCGUAAAUAUUGGGUUACACUACACGGGUCAGCCACGAGCAGACAGUGUAGGGGCUGAAUAGAAAGAUGUGCCACAGUGGUCGUCUUUCUGUCAUCUCUGUGUUAGUGACAAUAAGCUUGGCUAAUUCAGUGGGGAACCUCACAGUGACAAGCAGCUCAGACAGGAUACCUGGGAAUGCUGUAUGCUAAACAUAAUUCAUUGCAAUAUAAGGCGCUGAGGUGUUAGUCUUUUUUUUUUAUCACACUGCUCUUUAUCAGUUAGUAAAAUAAAUUAUCAGUGCUUAUAUCGCACUGUAGCGAGGAAUUGACCCUUCACGUUGUGCUGCUUUUCAUUGAAGCCUUGAUUCUCAAACUUUCUGGAAUGAGAAGUAGUAUUUAAUGCGGCAAAAUGUUCUUAGUUCUUCUGUUUGUCACCUUUUUUCUGUACAACUAUAGUUUGUGUCUGAUUAAUGUUGAUGUCUGUUCUCUUGCAUAAGUCAAUGUUAAAUUUUGCCACUUUAUUUUAUACUGUAGCUAUUCAUCUUUGCCAUCCAAACUUAUGGUUACUGAUUGAUGUUUGUGUUGACACUCAUUUGCACUGUUUUGUCGUAGACAGUUACUUUGGCCACCGUCAGCAGGCUGAUAUAAAAAGGUGCAGACGGUUAUGAGAGAUAAGGACAUCCUAUUGCAUGUUUACUUGUCCUCAGAUUAACGCUUUCUGUGCAGCUGGCAACAGUGUCUGACUUACACAAGCAUAUUGAUUCCUGUGUAGCCUGUCGGUGAUGUUACACUGUAGGCGCAGCUGAUGUUACAGUUGUGUUUCAUUGCAAUUUGGUAUGUUUACAAAAGUUGGGUUGUUUAUUGUUCUGUUUUUUUUAAUUGUUUGUAAGUUGGCAGCAAACAUCUGGAUCUUUUUACAAGUCUUUCUUUAUAUCUCUCCUGUGGUAGCACCUUGUGGCAACGAAAUAGUGCUGGCUUUGUGUAAUUGCCAACUGACUGUUAAAUAUAGCCCCUUAUAGUCUUAUAUAGGACCACAAGGUCUUUAAAUGUAGUUACCAGAUAAUUCCACAUUAAAUCUCUAGAUCCAUCUGAAUAGAAUCGAACACAAUGCUUUUACUUUAACAAGCCAAUUGUUGACAUUUUUUUUUUAAACAUUUUGAUAAUCACUAAAAAUGCCUGUGUGUUCUCAUUUUGUAUGGAAAAUGCUGUAAGCUGCUGACAGCAGCUCUUAUGGUAACAUUUGAUAAUCUAAAAUGUAUUAAAAUGAGUAACUACGUA